AGUUUACCUUCUCCUCUUGGAAGUUAACGAUUGGCGAGAUCUUGGCUGCGUUAUUGACACAACACUUUCUAUUGAUAGAAAUAAGUAGUGAUUGUCCCCGAGUCAUUGGUGCGCCAAGAACUCUGCGAUGGGCUGGCAGGAGUCCAUUGGGCUGGGCAGGCAGGUUCGGCUGGUGAUGCUGGGGAGGCGGAGGCGGAGGCUGCUGGCGGUGAUGGUGACCGUCCUCCUCUCCGCAGGUCUGUGACGAGCAGGAAACGAGGCAACGACGGCGCAGCCCGGCUCCGGCGGACCAACGCUGGCGAAUCAGACAUGGACAGUAGCUGCCACAACCCGACCACCAAAAUGUUAGCGACGGCUCCAGCCCGGGGCAACGUGAUGGCCACGUCGAAACCCUUGGCUUUCUCCAUCGAACGAAUCAUGGCGCGCACCCCCGAGCCCAAGGCCCUGCCCUUGCCCCAUUUCCUGCAGGGAGCCGUGCCCAAGGGGGAGCCCAAGCACUCUCUGCAUCUCAACUCGUCGAUCCCCUGCAUGAUCCCCUUCGUGCCGGUGGCCUACGACCCCAGCUCCAAGGCAGCGGUGUCGGGCUCCGAGCCGCGGAAGACGAGUCUGGAAGCCCCGGCUGCGCCGGCUGUGGCACCCGCGGCACCCGCGUUCAGCUGCAGCGACCUGCUCAACUGCGCGCUGAGUCUCAAGGGCGACCUGGCCCGCGACGCGCUGCCCUUGCAGCAGUACAAGCUGGUGAGGCCACGUGUGGUCAACCACUCUUCCUUCCACGCCAUGGGUGCCCUAUGCUACCUGAACCGAGGGGACGGCCCGUGCCACCCGGCGGCCGGCGUGAACAUCCACCCGGUGGCCUCCUACUUUCUCAGCUCCCCUUUGCACUCGCAGCCAAAAACGUAUUUAGCCGAAAGGAAUAAACUGGUGGUGCCCGCAGCGGAGAAGUACCCUUCGGGAGUUGCUUUCAAAGAUCUGUCUCAGGCUCAGCUGCAGCAUUACAUGAAAGAAAGUGCCCAGCUUCUGUCGGAAAAAAUCGCUUUCAAAAGCUCGGACUUCAGCCGGGGCUCUCCCAACGCCAAGCCCAAAGUUUUCACUUGCGAAGUGUGUGGAAAGGUCUUCAAUGCACACUAUAACUUAACCCGUCACAUGCCGGUGCACACAGGAGCCAGACCCUUCGUUUGCAAAGUGUGUGGGAAGGGUUUCCGGCAAGCCAGCACCCUGUGCAGACACAAGAUCAUCCACACGCAGGAAAAACCUCACAAAUGUAACCAGUGCGGCAAAGCAUUUAAUAGGAGUUCCACUUUAAACACACACACCCGAAUUCACGCAGGUUACAAGCCCUUUGUGUGUGAAUUCUGUGGCAAAGGAUUUCAUCAAAAAGGGAAUUACAAAAACCACAAGUUGACCCACAGCGGGGAGAAACAGUUCAAGUGCAAUAUCUGCAACAAGGCUUUCCACCAGGUUUACAACCUCACCUUCCACAUGCACACUCACAACGACAAGAAGCCUUUCACCUGCCCCACGUGCGGCAAGGGCUUCUGCAGGAACUUUGACCUCAAGAAGCACGUCCGUAAGCUGCAUGACAGCAGCCUGGGGCUGCCCCGCACGCCCGCUGGGGAACCGGGCACAGACCCGCCGCCUCAGCUCCAGCAGCCGCCACCCGGGACGCUGCAGCCUCUGCCACCGCCGCUGCCGCCCCCUGGUCCGCUUCAGCCCGGGCUCCACCAGGGCCACCAGUGAGCCAGGCCAAGAUUUCUCCCCGCCGGAGAUGCAGCCCCCACAGCUGAGGCAGCGGCAGGCCGCAGCUGGACCUCCUGGUCCAACUGGCCUGCAGAACCCAGAGCAGGUCGGACUCCACACUUUUGGCCGAACAGAAGCCUCUGCACUCCCCAGUCUUUCGCCUCUUGCAUGCACCUGCUAAAUGGUUUUGUGUAUUAUAUCCAAUGUAGGCACUAACAACUAUGAGAAAUUUGGAGAGUAUUGUUGGCUUUCUGAUUUUUUCUUUUUUUUUUAAUUUGGAAAACUUCAUCUCGGGUGGAGAGAUGCUGUUUGCUUUGGUUUUAAACAAAUUUCUGCUGUAUUUAUUGAGAUCUGUAUUAUUUUACUCGGAAUGCUGCACCAUUUUAAUUUUAUUGUAUAUAUUUCCAAUUGUGUUGAUUAUGCCGUCUCAAGAUGCCUGCUGAUCGUUUAUUAUCAUUUUCCCCUUUCCUGAAGUUAAAAAAGUGUGUAUGUUUUAUACACACAUACACCCCUAAAUGCGUGCGCCCCAAAAAGGCACAUUCCGCAUUCUUCAGCACACACAUACACAUAUGGCUCUUUAUGGAUGAAUUUGAAUUUCAGUUUUGGUUCUUGCACGUGAAAACGGAUUCAUUGACUUGAAAAUAAAUACUCGGAACAUGCUUAUUUAAUCAGCAA